GCGCGGGCUGGGGGCUCGUGGUGCGGCCUUGGGCAGCCUGAGCGAGGUACGUGCUUCCCGUUCCCCUCCUGCGGAGCCCGGUGGUUGUGGGUGCAGAAACUGCUGCAGCGGAGUCAGGAGGGAAACGCUGUCUGGGAUCGAGGUUGCCCCCGCGUCGGGACUGAAGAGCGGUCAUGUUUGAAAUUAAGAAGAUCUGUUGCAUUGGUGCGGGCUAUGUUGGAGGACCCACAUGCAGUGUCAUUGCGCACAUGUGCCCUGAAAUCAGGGUCACAGUUGUUGAUGUUAAUGAAUCAAGAAUCAAUGCAUGGAAUUCUCCAACCCUCCCUAUUUAUGAGCCAGGAUUAAAAGAAGUAGUAGAAUCCUGUCGAGGAAAAAAUCUAUUCUUUUCUACGAAUAUUGAUGAAGCCAUCAAAGAAGCUGAUCUCGUAUUUAUUUCUGUGAAUACGCCAACGAAAACCUAUGGUAUGGGAAAAGGCCGGGCAGCAGACCUGAAGUACAUUGAGGCCUGUGCUAGACGCAUUGUGAAGAACUCCAAUGGAUACAAGAUCGUGACUGAGAAAAGCACAGUUCCAGUGCGGGCUGCAGAAAGUAUUCGCCGCAUAUUUGAUGCCAAUACAAAACCUGAUUUGAAUUUACAGGUGCUGUCCAACCCUGAGUUCUUGGCAGAGGGAACAGCCAUCAAGGACCUUAAGAACCCAGACCGAGUACUGAUCGGAGGGGAUGAAACCCCAGAGGGCCGGAAAGCAGUGCAGGCGCUAUGUGCUGUAUAUGAGCAUUGGGUUCCCAAAGAGAAAAUCCUCACCACCAAUACUUGGUCGUCGGAGCUUUCCAAACUGGCAGCAAACGCGUUUCUCGCUCAGAGAAUCAGCAGCAUCAACUCCAUCAGUGCUCUGUGCGAAGCAACGGGAGCCGACGUGGAGGAGGUGGCCACGGCCAUCGGCAUGGACCAGAGGAUCGGAAAUAAGUUUCUGAAAGCCAGUGUGGGAUUUGGUGGGAGCUGCUUCCAAAAAGAUGUUCUAAAUUUGGUUUAUCUCUGCGAGGCUCUGAAUUUGCCUGAAGUAGCUCGCUAUUGGCAACAGGUCAUAGACAUGAACGAUUACCAGAGGAGAAGGUUUGCUUCCCGGAUCAUAGACUGUCUGUUUAAUACAGUGACUGAUAAGAAGAUAGCUAUUUUGGGAUUUGCAUUCAAAAAGGACACUGGUGAUACGAGAGAGUCCUCCAGCAUCUACAUCAGCAAGUACUUGAUGGAUGAGGGCGCCCACCUCCAUAUCUAUGACCCAAAAGUGCCUCGCGAGCAAAUCGUCGUGGAUCUUUCCCAUCCUGGUGUUUCCCAGGAUGACCAAGUGGCCCAACUUGUGACAAUUUCUAAGGAUCCAUAUGAAGCGUGUGAUGGCGCCCAUGCUGUUGUCAUUUGCACUGAGUGGGACAUGUUUAAGGAACUGGAUUAUGAACGGAUUCAUAAAAGGAUGCUGAAGCCAGCCUUCAUCUUUGAUGGACGGCGUGUGCUGGAUGGGCUGCACAGUGAACUGCAAACCAUUGGCUUCCAGAUUGAAACGAUUGGCAAAAAGGUGUCUUCAAAAAGAAUUCCAUAUACUCCUUCUGGUGAAAUUCCAAAGUUUAGUCUUCAAGACCCGCCUAACAAGAAACCUAAAGUAUAAGGCAUUGCUGUUUUUUAUCUGUGAUUAUUUUGGUACUUCAUUGUUUAAUGAAACAAUAUUUUUUUAAUCAUCAAAUUUAUACUAGUUACAUGGGUAUUAGCAUAUCUGGUAAUUAUGAAUCAAUAUUUUUACAUAUUUUUAUAUUAUUAUUAGCUCAGUAAUUUGAUGAGUAGAAACUAAUGUUGGUUUUAGUGGUAUCAAGUUUUUGUAAAAACAAAAUUAAACCUCAAAUUUUUUUUGUGUGUGAUCCUGGGACUUUAACUCAGGGGCUAGACACUGUGUCUGAGCUUUUGUACUCAGGCCUAGUGCUCUACCACUUGAGCCACAGUUCUACUUCUG